GAUCACUGACGACGGCCCACUUUGCACAAUAAGACGCCUUGACAUGGCCUCCAACUAUAUAUGUGGCGUCGCAAAGGGGUGCUUUAACUUCGGAAGUCAUCAUUCAACAUCCUUUCCAUCUUCUACCUUUCCUCUCGGCACAGCACUCCUGCUUGCUUGCUGCUUCAAUGUCGCGAGAUGUUCUAAGCCCCUUGGCAGGCUUCUCGCCUCUUCUCUCCCUGCAGACUGGCAGGCAGCGACGGCAAGCCCGCGUACCUUCGCCUAUCGUUGUCCCAGGUUAUCCCGUCGAUGAACACGCCGCACGAAUCCGCUCAGCGCAGGCUCCAGCUGGCACGAGCCAAUCCGUCCGCUCCUCUGUCCCGCCUACCAUCCUCGCUCAGGCUGCUCGCCCCCCGCCUCCUUCGUCUGCUCCAGCCUACUCCGCUCGCCUACAACAGCCUGCACGCCCAGCAUUCCCGACUGUGUCACCAACACCGCCAACGUCCAUCUCGCCACCCUAUCAUGCUGCACCUCCAGCUGUGGCGGCACCACAUAUACAGGCUGCGCCGUACGCUCAGCGAGUGUACAACGUUCCCUCAUCCGCUGGGAAUGCAACCGGCCCAUUCAUGCGGGCACAACCCCAGACUACCUUCUUUGUCGCGCCGCAGGUGCCCCAGACGUCAGCUGCGGCGCCCGUGUUUCCACCACGACCCCAGUCCGCACCACCGUGUCGGCCUAUGCUCGUACCUGUUGACCCAAGCCAGGUGAAUGGGGGGGACGUGAUAUGGUUUGAUGGUCGGCCCUAUGACAAGGCGACCUACGCCAGAAGUUUGUCACCGCAGAUGCGGAUUGAACUCGCUAAGCAGGUCGUGCGCGAUAACCCAGGGCGCAAAGUUCCGUUCCUGAAGUGGCAGGUACAAUGCAAGUUCGGCUUCGAUCCGGACGACUACCGUGACGUCGCACGAGUCAUCGAGCUCUCGAGACCGAGAGAACCUGCGGUCCCGCCGUUGUCGCGAGUGUCGCCGGAGUCUCGGGCACUCAUCUUGGGGGAACCGCAGCAGCAGAAAUGCCGAAACCCUUUCAAGCGACAUCCAAUAAAGUCGUACUCCUGCAACAAUGUGGAUGGGUUCGUGGACUCAGAAAAUAGAUCCCUCGACAUAUAUGAGGACGGCUGGCCCAGGACCACUGGCUCCUCUGCUGCAGUUAACCCUUCAGUUGGUCCGGUUCUUGGACAGCCAGUCCCCUCUAUAGUUGUCGUCCCGCAGACAGGUGGCUAUCAGCUGCAACCAACGGUGCGAUCAGCACACUACCAAUAUCGACCGGCGUAGACUCUAAUCC